UUCGCGAGGAGCUGAGCGCUUUCGCAUCAACUCCAGCAAAAAAAUAAUUUCAUACCAAAAAGGCGCAGGAUUCGAUCUCUUUGCGUUCUUCACGUCCACUCACCAAAAACCCCACCAAUAUCAACAAUGGCUCCCAUCACUAAGAAGUCGGGCAAGGCCCAGAAGCAGACCAAGAAGUUCAUCAUCAACGCUUCUCAGCCUGCCAGCGACAAGAUCUUCGAUGUCUCCGCCUUCGAGAAGUUCCUCCAGGACCACAUCAAGGUUGACGGCCGCACCAACAACCUGGGCGACAACAUCGUCAUCUCUUCCUCUGCCGACGGCAAGAUCGAGGUCGUUGCCCACAACGAGCUCUCUGGCCGCUACCUCAAGUACCUGACCAAGAAGUUCCUCAAGAAGCAGCAGCUCCGUGACUGGCUCCGUGUCGUCUCCACCUCCCGCGGUGUUUACGAGCUCAAGUUCUUCAACGUCGUCAACGACGAGGCUGAUGAGGAUGACGAGUAAAUUCGCUUCUUUCCGGUACUAGGAUGACGAACAAAAAAAGAAAAAGCCAUUUUUGGGAAAAUGAUGAAAUGGGCUAUGGGAAACUAAUUGAAAAAAUAUUACAGCAAUCUGGGAUAUAUCUUUUUUCAUGAUGGAAGAUAUGUAUACUCACGUGCGGACUUGUGAAAGAGUCUGUCGCCAGCGUGUGGAUGCUGUUUAGAUUUUUUUUUAGUCAAGGGAAUAAACUGACCGGCCAUUUCGAGUGGACCUACAUCAAACA